CUCAUUAUCUCUUUCGCUCCGAGUUUCGGCUUUCACAGUUCUGCAACUCCUCCUCUAAUGGCAGCUUCUCUUCUUCUCCCUUCUCACUUCUUCAACACCUACAGGAUAAGCAAACUGUGCUUACAUCACAUGCAGUCAGCAAACUCACACAAAGGCAUCACUUGCUUAUUCCCUGUUAGAGCACUGGCCUCAAGGUCUUUUGCUUCUGUUGGGUCAGUAGAAAAUCAUGUUUCAGCUCCAAACAAAACUCACAGGUCUGAAGGUUCUAAAACAUCCGAUGGGACGGAGAAUGAUUUCGAGAGAGAGUUACAAGAGUUGUUUGAUGAAGUGAAAAUGUUGGUUAUGAACGGGAAUAAAGAUGAUGCAGUAGACUUGCUUCGAGCGAAUUAUGAGGCUGUGAAGGAGAGGAUGGAUGCCGGUGUUAGAGGCAUUGAGGAAGCUGCUACCAUUGACAUCAUAGCUCUAGGGUAUAUGGCUAUUGGCGACUUUAAGUUUGUCGAGUCAUUACUGGAUAUGUUGAAUGAGAUUGUUGGCAGUCUAAAGGAUGAUGAACCACUGCUGGAUUCAGUUCUGGUGCAUAUGGGAAGCAUGUAUUCAACUUUGGCGAAGUUUGAGAAAUCAAUGCUUGUAUAUAGGAGGGCAAUUGAUAACAUGGAGAACAUGUAUGGGAAAAAUAGUGUUUUUCUUAUCACACCAAUUUUGGGCAUGGCGAAAGUUCUCAGUUCUAUUGGAAGGACUACAAAAGCAGUAGAGUUAUACCAUCGUGCAAUAACUCUUCUUGAAUCUAGCAGAGGUGCUGAAAGUGAGGAUUUGGUCAUACCUUUGUUUGGUCUUGGCAGCCUUUUACUCAAACAAGGGAAACCUAUUGAGGCAGAAACUCCUUUUCUAAGAAUUUUAAAUAUAUACACAAAGUUGUAUGGAGAAGACGACGGAAGAGUUGGAAUGGCUAUGAGUUCCCUGGCCCGUGCGAAGUGUGCAAUGGGAAAGGCAAAUGAAGCAAUUGAUUUAUAUAAAAAGGCUCUUAAAGUCAUCAAGGAUUCCAAUUAUAUGGCUUCAGAUGACAGCAUAGUGGAGAAGAUGCGGAUAGAUUUGGCAGAAUUACUUCAUGCUGUUGGAAGGGGAAAGGAAGGCCGAGAGCUACUGGAGGAAUGCUUGCUGAUCACUGAGAAACACAAAGGCAAAGAGGACCCCAGCUCAGUGACACACCUUAUCAAUCUCGCAACUUCGCAUUCGCGCUCAAAGAACUAUGUGGAGGCUGAGCGCUUGCUGAGGACGAGUUUGCAGGUCUUGGCAAAGACAGUGGCACCCGAUGACCAAUCCAUCUCGUUCCCAAUAUUGCACCUCGCCGUUACUCUCUACCAAUUAAAACGGGAUGAAGAAGCAGAACAGCUCGCCCUCCAGGCUUUGCACAUUCGUGAGAAAGCAUUCGGAAAGGACUCCCUUCCCGUUGCGGAGGCUCUCGACUGUCUGGUGUCAAUCCAAACUAGAUUGACAAGGGACGACGAAGCGUUACUAGAUCAGCUGGAGAGGGUUUUGAGCAUCCAAGAGAAAGAGUUCGGCCCCGAGAGCAAGGAGGUUUUGACAACCCUAAAAAAAGUUGUACAUUACUUGGACAAACUAGGCAGGAAAAACGACAAGCUCCUCUUGCAGAAAAGGCUCUCCGCCCUUAGAUCAAAAUUCAAGCAACAAAUCCAACAAUAAUAGUAAUCAAAACAUCAUGGUUUAGUCUCACAAUUCGCAGCCUUGCAUUGCUCAUAAAGUCAAAUACACUAAUGUAUCACCGUGUUUAACUUUGCGUCACGCAACGGAACGGUCUUACACAACCGUCGUUUUCCUACCAUUUCCGACACGUCGUUUCUCUUCUAAGUGUUGGUUGGAGAGUGAUGUGAGAUAUUUAGGGCCAUGAUGUCCAUAUCUCUAUGGUCCUAUUUUCUAACUUGCCCAUUUGUUGAGGAACAUUUCGUCAUGGGUACAAGAUAGUGAGUUACACCAAUUACGGUUAACUGUGACCACUACGGUUUUUCCCACCAAAAUAGGACAACCGUCUCGAAGCGCAAGGUUUACAAGUACACAAAUCACAGAAGUAGUGUCGUAUAGUUGAGCCUUCUGCCGAAAGCAAAACGGUGAAGUAGGAGCCAAGAAAGGAGGGUCUUCGUCUAUGUCUGUAUCUCUGUCUUUAGAUCUCGGAAAACGUAUGCAAAAUCCAGAAGACAGAACCCAUCUGUUUUUUUAAAGAUAGAUAAGGGUAAUGGCAGCAGCCGAAGCACGGACUGGAUGGCAGCAUAGAGCGAAUUGUUGUUUUGCCCAAGACAAUGUGAGGAGUGCUCAAAGAUUUGCGCGUCACCCGUCAUCGUCUUCCUCAACAGAAUCUGAUAGUGCUCCUGAGAAUGCUUCGUAUGGGAUUGAUCACCUUAUCCCAGAUUGCAUGCCUUAUAACUCAAAUCCGGAGCUAACACCCAGCACUAGGUGGUGGUUGAACCUGGAACCUAACUUUGGGCCUCAGAAGGAAUUUAUCUAUGAUCAGCAAAAGAGCCUGGACGCUGAACUUGAAGUUUUGAAUUCUGGAUAUAUUAAUAAAACUGCCAUCAUAAGUGAUUAUUAUCAGUGCAAGGAGGUAUUUAGUACUCAGAGUGAUAGUGAGAAGGGUGUCAACAGUUUUGUGGAGAAACCAUGCAAGGUUUCAGUCACUUCUCCGAGAAAUGACCCGAGUAAGAGAAUGCAAGAACUCAAGGCUGGAAUUGGUGAUGGUCUGCAGCUGCCUAAGAAAAGGGACACAGGGGAGUUUUGGUACUCCGAUGAUGAUUUCAUGAACUUGGAUUCUUUCAGUAGCUUGGAUUCUGAACAAAACAAAAAGCUGUCUCCCGAUUUGGAUUCCCAAUGGGUGGGAAGUGAGAAGUCUGAACCCUGGUGGCGCUCUGCUGGUAAAGAUGAGUUGGCUUCCUUGGUUGCUCAGAAAUCACUUGAAAAUGUUGAGAAUUGUGAUCUUCCACGGCCCCAGAUUAAGCAUAGUAGGAUGGGUCCUAUCGCUUCUACAAAGUUUCCUGACCCUAAUUUGUCCUUAGAUCAGAUGACUGAACUGGGAUUGUCCAAUGUCACCACUUAUACUCAGGGAAGCUUUACUUCAGGUCACUCAAUCUAUGAUUCAGACAGUCCACUAAGCCACAACAAUGAUCAUACUGCAACCAACCAAGAUGAGCGAGACGAUGAACGAAGUAAAGCUCAGCUGCUGGAAGCUUUGUGUCAUUCUCAAACACGAGCUAGGAAAGCUGAGAAAGCUGCACAGCAGGCCUAUACAGAGAAGGAGCACAUCAUCAGUCUCUUUUUCAAACAGGCAUCACAGCUGUUUGCCUACAAGCAGUGGCUCCAUUUGCUGCAAAUCGAGAACUUUUGCCUGCAGCUUAAUAAAAAAGAUGGCUUACCAUGGUCCCCAUACAAAGGCAGGCCCAUGAAGAAGAAGGCUCACCGCAGGGCUGGAAAGAGGAGCGGCAGCAGGCCAAGGUAUGAGAUCAGCAAGGGUGCUGUUGCUUUUGCAGUAGGAUUAGGUCUUGCCGGUGCAGGCUUGCUCCUCGGAUGGACUAUGGGGUGGUUGUUUCCAACUGCUUAAAUUUCUCUUUAUCUUCACCAUUACCUUUGUUUAGUAUCAUACUCGAGUGGUAAUUACUAUUCCUUGUUUAUAUAGGAUUUCAAUGUCAGAUUAGCUCCUUUUUCAUCACCUCUAAGUAAGCAUUUCACUUGUUUAGAUUUGUUGAUUGUGUAAAUACAAGAACAGGUAUUUAUUUUCACGUUGUAAGAAGUGUGUAAUUAAUUUUAUGCAUUUUAGCCAAUCUUUCUCUCCCUUUUAUGUGAA